UGUCUGGUCCUCGAUUCCCACACUCUGGGCAAGAGACUGCAUCCAGCAAAAUUCUCCGCUUUCGUCUAUAUUCAGGCCGGUUUAAUGUCUAACUGACUCCUCCCUCGUGUGUGAUUAGGUGGGAGUGGCCAGGACACUGAACACUGAACACUUGCAGCCCAAUAACAUUAAUUCCCCCGGGACGGCAGCGAGCGCAGUGGAAAACAUUUUGAACCGGGAAGUGGAGGACUUAACAGAGAGGGGCGGACUUAACAUGGCUGCGAAAGACAGGUUAGAAAGUUGGACCGAGGAGGUAGUUUGUCCCAUCUGCCUGGAUUUCUUCACCGAUCCGGUGUCACUGGAGUGUGGGCACAACUUCUGCCGCUCCUGUAUCACACAGAGUUGGGACAGGGAGGGGAAAAACUCCUGCCCGGAAUGUAGAGAGGUGUUUACAGACCGCACCCUCAAGGUGAAUCGGGCCUUGGUUAGACUGUCUGAGAAAGCUCGAGCACUGAGCCUGAAUCAGACAGAGAAGGAAAGAAAACUUCAGUGCGAGGAACAUCAGGAAGAACUGAAGCUGUUUUGUGAAACGGACAAGAAGCUGAUCUGUGUGAUUUGUGCAGCUGGGCGGGAACACAAGUCUCACAGCUUCAUGCCGGUUAAAGAAGCUGUUGAAAUCUACAAGGAUCAGGUGAAAUCUUCCAUCCAGUCUCUCAUAAAAAAGAAAUCAGGGAUUCAGCGAAUGGAGCAGCAACAGAAACAGUUGAUUUCUGGCGUUCUGAAAGAGUCACACAACCUUCAGUCCAAGAUCACAUCCCAGUUUGCUGAACUGCACCAGGUUCUCACUGAGAAAAAGCAGCGCACACUGGCAGAUAUCCGGGUGGAAGAGAAAAAGAUUCUAAAUACAAUGGAGAAAAAUCUUAGAAAGAUUCAAGACAAUUUACGAUCCAUUCAGGAGAAACUCUUAAAGUUGCAGCAACAGCUGGAUCAAAAAGACAGUCUGGUGUUUCUGAAGGAGGAAGCUGGUGGGAAGAGGAGGGUUAGUGAUGAAGAUAAAACACUCUCAGUGACAGACGCUGCCUUGCCGAUUGAAAAAUUCGAUCAGCACUUUUUGAUGAACGUGCUGUGGAGAGAAACGUCUGCCAUUAAGCGAGUCUCUGUCACCCUGGAUGUGGAAACAGCGCAUCCGCGGCUCGAGGUGCCUGCAGAUCGGAAGAGGAUGAGACUGACCAGGACCGAGAGGAGUCUCCCUAAGACCGGGAAGAGGUUUACAGGCUGGCAGUGUGUGCUGGGAUUGGAGGGAUUCACAUCGGGGAGACAUUACUGGGAGGUGGAGGUGGCGGAGAGUCGGGGCUGGAGUCUGGGAGUCGCCGCAGAGUCUGUGGAGAGGAAGAGACGGGUCACACUGACCCCGGAGACUGGAGUCUGGAUCAUCGAGCGGUGUGGUGACGGGUUUGAUGCAUUCACCUCCCCUCCAUCCCCUCUCCCCGCCCGUCCCAUCCCCAGGAGGGUGGGAGUUUAUCUCAGUUACGAGUCUGGGACAGUUUCAUUUUACGACGCGGACACCAAGUCCCAUCUCCACACCUUCACUGGGAAUAAAUUCACGGAGAAACUUUAUCCUCUCUUCGCGACUUGGCAUAAACACCACUGGCUGAGAAUCUGCUCCGGUUCCGCUCCGGGUGUGUAAAAAGGUCGGGUCCCGGGACCGGCGUCAGGAGCGGGGCUCAGGGGCUGUGGAGCAGAAACCCGGUGGACAACAGGUCGGCGCUGAAUGAAUGGCUCCCAUUUAUUCCCCAAAUUCCGCGUCGUGAAACAAACCCCAUUGAGCGCGGAAAUAAAACCAGGGGGAAUGUAAAUGUGGGCAGAGUGAAAUAAACAGUGAACUG